AUGACAACUGUUGCUCAGCAAAUUGAAUUGGAAGAGCUAGAAGCUCUUCAUUCAAGUCUUUCACAAGCAAACACCAGAAGUCAUGUUAACAUAACACACUCGAAAAGUGCUGAUACAAUUGGUUAUUCCAAAGAGAACAAUAUAGCGUUGGAUACCAUUGAUGAUGACUCGUCACAUAUCUUAGACCCAGAAUCUGCAGUGGGAAACGCCGAAGUGAAAAGAGCUUUAAAGCCUAGACAUAUUUCGAUGAUCGCUCUUGGAGGGACAAUUGGUACCGGUCUUUUCGUUAGUAUUGCAGGUCCUUUAUGGAAUGCUGGCCCUGUCGGUUCGUUAAUCUCUUUCAUGUUUAUUGGUACCCUAGCAUAUUCUGUGACGCAAUCGCUUGGUGAAAUGGCUACUUUCAUUCCUGUCACAUCAUCAUUCACAGUUUUCUCACAGAGAUUUCUAUCUCCAGCCAUUGGUGCUGCCAACGGUUACAUGUAUUGGUUCUCCUGGGCCAUCACUUUUGCAUUAGAAUUAUCCAUUGUUGGUCAAAUCAUCCAGUAUUGGACACACGCGGUACCGCUAGAAGCCUGGAUUGCUAUUUUCUGGGUCAUCUUGGUGACUUUCAAUAUGUUCCCUGUGAAAUGGUAUGGUGAGUUUGAAUUCUGGGUGGCAUCUAUUAAAGUUCUUGCCAUUAUUGGAUUUUUAAUUUAUUCACUGUGCAUGGUUUGUGGUGCAGGCAAGGGUGGUGCAAUUGGAUUCCGUUAUUGGAGGAAUCCUGGCCCAUGGGGUAACGGUAUGAUUUCCAAGGAUUUGAAUGAAAAGAGAUUCUUAGGAUGGGUUUCCUCACUAAUUAGCGCAGCAUUUACUUAUCAAGGUACAGAGUUAGUCGGUAUCACUGCAGGUGAGUCCAAAAAUCCAAGAAAGGCUGUGCCAAGAGCAAUCAACAAAGUCUUUUUCAGAAUUUUGAUCUUCUACAUUGGAUCUUUAUUCUUUAUUGGUUUGUUAGUGCCAUACAACGAUCCAAAACUAGAUUCAAGCUCUGGUGGUUCUUACGUCGCCCAAUCACCAUUUAUGAUUGCAAUUCUAAACUGUAAGACUCCGGUUCUUCCUGAUAUCUUCAAUGCGGUCAUUCUAACCACAAUCAUUUCUGCAGGUAAUUCUAACAUUUACGUUGGUUCCAGAAUUAUGUUUGGUUUAUCAAAAAAUAACUUGGCGCCAAAAUUUUUCUCAAAGACUACUAAACAAGGUGUUCCAUUUGUGGCCGUUAUAUUUACUGCCAUGUUCGGGUUCCUAGCAUACUUGAAUGUGUCCAAUAACGCACAAACUGUGUUCAAUUGGUUGUUGAAUAUCACCGCAAUUGCUGGUUUCUUUGCAUGGUUAUUAAUUUCCAUUUCCCAUAUUAGAUUUAUGCAAGCACUAAAGUACCGUGGAAUUUCUCGUGAUGACCUCCCAUUCAAGGCCAAGUUCAUGCCUUUCGGCGCCUAUUACGGAGCAUUUUUCAUUGGGUUGAUCAUCAUAAUCCAAGGCUUUACCGCUUUCGCGCCAUCCUUUGAUGUAUCGAGUUUCUUCGCCGCGUAUAUCAGUGUCUUCCUCUUUAUUGCAGUGUGGGUUGUUUUCCAGUGCAUCUACAGAGGUAAACUUUACCGUUCGUUGGACGAAGUAGACAUUGACACAGACAGAAGAGACAUCGAUGCCAUUAUUUGGGAAGAUGACGAACCUAAAAACCUGUGGGAAAAGUUCUGGGCUGUUGCAGCUUAG